AUGACUACAAGAUCAAGAUCCUUGUCCGAAAAGCUCUUUAAUCAGCAACAAUCUUUGCUCAUUCAAAUUGAAAAGAGCCUUCUCAAAUAUCGAGAAAUUACACCAGAUAAAAGGACAUCAUCAUCUAUCAAAAAUCGUAUUUCUUCAUUGCAAUCCAAGUACGACAGCUUCAAAGAAAAUCAUGUCAUGAUAAUCGAUGAAGAUGAUGAAACCUCUAAGACGUACAACGAUGAAGACUGGAUGAGUAGAUUUGAAGAGAUCUAUAUUAAUGCUCGUUCUGAACUAGAAGAUGAUCUCUAUGUUCUCAUGCCACCCGCUCCACAUUCCGAUUCCCUACCGGAUUUCCAAGGGAUACAAAAUCAAACCAUGAAUCCAACACUGUUAAACACUAUACCUAGCCAGAAAGUAAAUCUUGGGAAAAUCCAACUUCCUUCCUUUGACGGCACGUAUAGUAAUUGGUCCUUGUUCAACAGUUUGUACAAAUCUAUGAUUCAUGAAAACCAAUCCAUCGAUUGUAUCCAAAAAUUUUACUAUCUGCGGAGUUCUCUGACUGGUGAUGCCCUCAAAAUUAUUGGAGAAGUUCCGUUGGUAGCUGAAAAUUAUCAAGAGGCAUAUAAUUUAUUAUGCGAGAAGUACGAAAACAAUCGUAUUCUCUUUUCUAAGCACAUGAAAUCAUUUUCUUCUUUGCCAAUCAUCAAGUCUGAAGAUGCCGCAAGUUUGACUCAGUUACUAAAUGUAUCCAAAGAAUGUAUCUGUGUUCUAAAAUCAUUUGGUUUUGAGUUGAAACAUUUUGAACCUAUACUAGUGUAUUAUCUGGCUGAAAAACUUCCUCAUGAUACACGAGAAUUUUGGGUGCAAUCUUCUGGUCAAAAGAAAGAUAUACCGACUUUCAAAGAAAUAUCUGAUUGCAUCGAAAUUCGAGUUCGCACCAUUGAAGAAAUGACACCGAACAAAUCCAAUUGGGAGAAGUCAGUAUCUAAAUCAUCUAUGAAGGACUCAUCUCAAGGAUUCAAUAAUUUCAACAGCAACAGAUCCAAACAACCAAAAGCUUUUCACUUCAAGACUCCGAAAGAAUCAAAACUAUCAAUCAAGUGUUGUUUAUGUGAAGGUGAUCACGUCAUCCGUCAAUGUAAAAAGUUUCUCGCUUUAUCGACUACAGACAGAGAACAGGUAAUUCGAAAACAAAAUUAUUGUUUUAACUGUUUUGCCUAUAACCAUCAGAUGAAAAACUGUACCAGUAUUCGUAAUUGUGCUGAAUGUGGCAAUCGUCACAAUACUUUGCUUCACAAUCCUGCUAUUCAUUUUCCAAAACAAUUACCUUCCUCUGAAACCUCAACAUCCAAAAUAAGUACCUAUUCAGAUAAUGCUCAUGCCAAUUUUCACGUUAAACCAACAAUAUCAAGUCAAAGCGAAGUGUUAUUAGCAACCAUCAUAGUACAUGUCAAAUCUUACGACAAUACUAUGCAUCGAUUCCGAGCACUUUUGGAUUCAGGUUCACAAGCAAAUCUAAUGACUGAACAAACUGCUCAAACCCUUAAGUUACUUCGAAGUCCAAUCCGUGCGAACAUAAGUGGCCUAGCAUCUACAUCUGAGACAAAAUCGAGAAGUAGCGCUGUUAUUAACAUUAUAUCUCCAACCAGUGAUGAAUUGCUAUUAAGUGUAGAUGCAUUUAUAUUGCCUAAGAUAACAAGUCGUUUACCGACUUCUAAAAUACCGUUUCAAUCUUGGCCUCAUCUCGAAAAACUACCACUAGCUGAUCCCACUUUUAAUUCACCUGGGAAAAUUGAUAUUCUCUUAGGGGCAGACUCCUAUGCUCAAAUUAUGAUGAACGGUUUACGAAGAGGUUCACGUAAUGAUCCAAUCGCACAAGAAACUAAACUUGGAUGGGUUAUCUUAGGCCAAGUAAACUUCGAUAAACCGAAACAUAUCAAAAUUUCCAAUUUUUGUUUGCGAUCCGAUAUUGACUCCAUGUUUCGAAAGUUCUUAGAACUGGAGAGUGUCCCAGACAAACGCAUUCUUUCACCGGAUGAAAAAUGGUGUGAAUCAUUUUAUGCUGAAACUUAUCGUCGUAAUGAAGAAGGGAGAUUUAUUGUUCGUUUACCUUUCAAAACAUACGUCGAUAAAUCUGCUGUUUUAGGACGAUCAAGAUUAGGAGCAAUAAAUCGUCAAUUGCAGCUAGAAAGAAAAUUUAUCAAGAACCCAGAACUCUACUCAAAAUAUAAGGAAGUCAUGGCUGAUUAUGUCCAACAGGGACAUAUGCAUCGAGUUUCCACUACUGAACAAGACCAUAUAGAAAAUCUCACUCCUAAUUCGAUAUCAUAUAAUUGCAAUUAUAUCCCGCAUCAUGCAGUCAUAAAAGAAGAUAGUUCAACUACCAAAUUGCGAGUCGUCUUUGAUGCGUCUAAAAAGACGACAAAUGGAAAUUCUCUAAACGACAUCUUAUUUACUGGACCUGCUUUACAAAAUGACGUAAUCAAUGUAAUCUUGAACUGGCGUUUCCACAAAGUUGCAUUCAGCGCAGAUAUCGCACAGAUGUAUCGUCAAAUCCAACUGCCUCAAGCCGAUGCUGAAUUUCAACGCAUAAUUUGGAGAAACAAUCUAGAUGAACCAAUGCAAGAUUAUGCUAUUAAUACUGUGAUGUUUGGAGGUUCCUGUUCACCAUAUCUAGCUAUCAAGACUCUUCAUCAAUUAGCAUCUGAUGAGCAAGAAACGUUUCCAUUAGCUGCAAAAGUACUUUUAACCGAUAUCUAUGUAGAUGAUAUUUUUUCUGGCGGAGAUGAUUCAAGAAAAUGGGCAAGUAAUUGUCCCCAGAUAUUAUCAUCAGUUCCACCUGAAGCUCGUGAGAUUCAACAACUUUUAUCUCUCAAUAAAAACGAAACUGUUAAAGCGCUCGGUAUUUAUUGGCAACCUGUUGAAGAUAACCUUUCAUUCAGUUUGAAGUUUGACCUUACCAAUUUACCUAAAACAAAAAGAUCAGUUAUGUCCGUUAUUGCCCGGUUAUAUGAUCCAAGUGGUUGGAUUUCCCCCAUUAUUGUUGUCGCUAAAAUCAUUUUAAAGCGUUUAUGGUUUUUUAAACUUGAUUGGGAUGAUGAGAUUCCCAAUGAACUACAAAAUGACUGGCAAAAUUUCCUUAAUGGUCUAAAAGACUUGCCAUCUAUUCGAAUUCCGAGAUGGCUUAAAACAAUGUCUACUAACCAUUCUUUUCAAUUACAUGCGUAUUGUGAUGCAUCUUCAAAUGCUUAUGCAGCUGUUGUAUAUCUAAAAACAAUAUCAUCUGAUGGCUCUAUACAUACAUGUUACGCUGUUGACAUCAAAAACUAAAGUUUCACCUGUUAAACCUUUAUCCAUACCAAGGCUUGAAUUAUGUGGAGCUUUACUUCUCACCAAAUUGCUGAAACACAUAAAAUCCGGAUUGAACAUCAAUAUCUCUGACAAAAAU